AUGAGUAAUGCAUCACACUACGAUGUUAUGAUGGCUGUUUUCUCAAAUAAUGAUGAAGGCCUUAUUAACAAAAAGUUACCAAAAGAACUUCUUUUAAGAAUAUUUUCCUUCUUGGAUAUAGUAACUUUGUGCCGAUGUGCACAGAUUUCCAAGGCUUGGAACAUCUUAGCCCUGGAUGGAAGCAAUUGGCAAAGAAUAGACCUUUUUAACUUUCAAACAGAUGUAGAGGGCCGAGUGGUGGAAAACAUCUCCAAGCGCUGCGGUGGGUUCCUGCGGAAGCUCAGCUUGCGAGGCUGCAUUGGUGUUGGGGAUUCCUCCCUGAAGACCUUUGCACAGAACUGCCGAAACAUCGAACACUUAAACCUCAAUGGGUGCACAAAAAUCACUGACAGCACGUGUUACAGUCUUAGCAGAUUCUGUGCCAAGCUGAAACAUCUGGAUCUGACCUCCUGCGUGUCCAUUACCAACAGCUCCUUAAAGGGGAUCAGUGAGGGCUGCCGGAACCUGGAGUACCUGAACCUCUCGUGGUGCGAUCAGAUCACGAAGGAUGGCAUCGAGGCCCUGGUGCGCGGCUGCCGAGGCCUGAAGGCCCUGCUCCUGCGGGGCUGCACGCAGUUAGAAGACGAAGCUCUAAAACACAUUCAGAAUUACUGCCAUGAGCUCGUGAGCCUCAACCUCCAGUCCUGCCCACGCAUUACGGACGAAGGCGUGGUGCAGAUCUGCAGGGGCUGCCACCGGCUGCAGGCCCUCUGCCUGUCUGGCUGCAGCAACCUCACGGACACCUCUCUCACAGCGCUGGCGUUGAACUGCCCGAGACUUCAGAUUUUGGAGGCUGCCCGGUGUUCCCAUUUGACCGAUGCAGGCUUUACACUCUUAGCUCGGAAUUGCCAUGACCUCGAGAAGAUGGAUCUGGAAGAAUGUGUCCUGAUAACCGACAGCACGCUCAUCCAGCUCUCCAUUCACUGUCCUAACCUGCAAGCCCUGAGCCUGUCCCACUGUGAGCUCAUCACAGAUGAUGGAAUCCUGCACCUGAGCAAUAGCUCCUGUGGCCACGAGAGGCUGCAAGUACUGGAAUUGGACAACUGCCUCCUCAUCACCGACGUGGCCCUGGAGCACCUGGAGCACUGCCGUGGCCUAGAGCGCCUGGAGCUGUACGACUGCCAGCAGGUGACCCGCGCAGGCAUCAAGCGGAUGCGGGCUCAGCUCCCUCAUGUCAAAGUCCAUGCCUACUUCGCACCCGUCACCCCACCGACAGCAGUGGGGGGAAGCGGCCAUCGGCUGUGCAGGUGUUGUGUCAUUCUCUGA